AUGGGGCCGUUCAAGAAGUUGUUGCGGACACUGUGGCUCGAUGAAGCGCCUGUCACUUCAGCUGCAGACAAGCGACGUGCUAUGAUUUUGCGUUCAAUCAAGGCCUGGGAAAUGAUUUCUAGCGACGCAAUCCAAAAAUCAUUUCAAAAAGCAAUUCUGCGUCCCCGCAUUGUAGUUGUCGUAGCCAGGUUCUGGGGUCGUCCCGUACUGCUGCACGUCCUCCAAGCGUACGAUUCGUACGCUUAG